AUGAUUGGAUCGGACCACAAGCCUAUUUUAGCUUUUGUGGCAGAAAAGACCUCACGUCGUAAACAGAGUUUUAUGUUUGACAAACGCUGGAUUGGAAAGGAUGGUUUGCUAGAGGCGAUCUCAGAGGGGUGGACUAGAGACACCCGUCAACAUUCUAACAUUUUUGUGGAUAAGUUGAUCAGUUGUAGACGUGCAAUAUCUCAAUGGCGGAAAAAUCAGGUUCCAUUUGGGAGGGAUACAAUAGAAAAUUUGAAAGGUCAAUUAGCCGUGGCUCAGGCGGAUGAUUUAAGCCGUCCAGAAGAUAUUACUGAAUUAUCUUCCCGUUUGCGUGAGGCUUACAAAGAUGAGGAGGUGUAUUGGCAACAGAAAAGUCAGAACAGAUGGAUGCGAGUGGGGGAUAAGAAUUCCAAAUAUUUUCAUGCCCAAACAAAACAGCGGCGAGCCCGGAAUCGAAUUGUGGGGCAGUACGAUAAAAAUGAUAUUUGGUCUACGAAAGAUAAGGAUAUUUGCGGCAUAGCGGUGACGGCUGGGGUAACGGAGGAUGUUAAUGAUUUCUUAACAGCUCCGGCCACGGAGAAAGAGGUUCGGGCAGCUUUGUCUAUGAUGCACCCAGAUAAAGCUCCAGGCCCGGAUGGCAUGACAACUUUGUUUUUCCAAAAGGCAUGGAGUGUGGUUAAAGAGGAUAUUCUCCACCUGGCAACCACAGACCAAUGUGCGGUUAUUCUGGGUAUUUUGAAGCAUUAUGAGGCGGUUUCAGGACAACAGAUAAAUUUCUCAAAGUCCUCACUUCAAUUUGGACACAAGGUAAAUGAGGAUACCAAAAAGGAGUUACAGGAGACUCUCGGGAUUUCAAAUUUGGGAGGAAUAGGGUCAUAUCUGGGAUUGCCGGAGAGCCUAGGGGGAUCUAAAACCAAAUUUUUUUCUUUUGUAAGGGAUAGACUACAUAGUCAUAUAAACGGGUGGUCGGCCAAAUUUCUAUCCAAGGGAGGGAAAGAGGUGAUGAUUAAAUCGGUGGCGGCGGCUUUACCGACUUAUGUGAUGUCUUGCUUUCGGCUUCCUAAAACGAUCCCAUCAAAACUAACUAGUGCAGCGGCAAAUUUUUGGUGGAGUACUAAUGGCCAAACUGGGGGAAUGCAUUGGGUGGCGUGGGAGAAAUUAUGUUCUAGUAAGAAAAUGGGUGGCCUUGGGUUUAGGGAUAUUAAUGACUUUAAUUCAGCACUCUUGGCUAAACAGUUGUGGCGUCUGAUUGACAACCCGGAAUCACUUUUUGCAAAGGUUUUUAAAAGUCGAUACUAUCGGAAUUCCAAUCCAUUGGAACCGCUUAAAUCAUACUCCCCAUCUUAUGGAUGGCGACGUAUUACUUCAGCUAGAUCUCUGGUAAAUAGAGGGCUUAUUAAAAGAGUUGGCUCGGGGGACUCCAUUUCAGUAUGGACUGACCCCUGGAUACCAGCUCAAUUCCCGAGACCAGCUUUGAGUAAUGGGUCGCUUAUAUACCCAUCUCUACAGAUAAGACAAAUGAUUGAUCGCCAGACAAACUCUUGGCGAAUGGAUGUGCUCCAAGAGCAUUUUGCUCCACUGGACGUUUCUUUGAUUCGUGCUCUUCCGAUCGGUAAUGUUCCAAAGCCUGAUUCCUUUGGGUGGCACUUUACAAAGAAUGGUAAAUACACUGUUAAAUCUGGUUAUUAUACGGCCCGGAUGAUGGAUUCCCGGACCGAGUCUACUAAGGUAUAUGGGCCUGAUAUUUUACCUCUGUUGGGGAGUAUAUGGAAAGUACGUUGUCCGCCAAAGAUUCAUCAAUUUAUGUGGCAACUGCUUACAGGAUGUAUAGCUGUUUCAGCUAAUUUACGUCGUCGGGGUAUUAAUUGUGAUUCUAGUUGUGGACGAUGUGGUGCUCAGACAGAGACGGCUAAUCAUGUCAUUUUUGAGUGCCCACCAGCGCGCCAGACAUGGGCGUUAGCAAACAUAACAGUUGGUACAAUCUCUUUCCCAACAGAGUCUGUGUAUGCGAAUAUUGAUUAUCUCCUUGGUCAGAUAGACACGUGCGGCCCUGAGGUAACUUUCCCUUGGGUAAUCUGGUAUAUUUGGAAAGCUAGGAAUGCAAAUAUGUUUGAGAAUUUGGAUGAAAGUCCUAUGGACGUGGUUAAUCUGGCCAUUAGCGAGGCGCGAGCCUGGCAACAGGCCCAGGUUGAAGACACGGGCCAACCAAUGGCUUCUCAGCUUUCAUUCCCUCGGGUGCGGGGCGGCCCACCAUCCCUCCGUCCCUCUCUUAUAAGCUACCACUGCUUUGUGGACGGCUCCUGGAAGGCAACUGAUGAAUUCUCAGGCAUAGGCUGGUUCUGUCAGCAUUCCUCAGGACAUUCAACGAUCAGGGGGGCAAUGAAUGUCCGUCGAAGUCUAUCUCCUCUCCAUUCUGAAGUGGAAGCGCUUGUAUGGGCAAUGAGAUGCAUGGUUGGCCAUAAUUUCAGAGAUGUUGUUUUCCUUACAGACUGUUCAGAUUUGGUGAAGAUGGUGUCUUCUCCUUCCGACUGGCCGGCUUUCUCAGUAUACCUUGAUGAUAUCCAUAUCGACAGGGAAGAAUUCUCUUCUUUCUCUUUAUCUCUUAUUCCAAGAAAUGCAAAUGUAAAAGCGGAUUUUUUGGCACGCAAAGUUCGUACCAUUCUGCUUCAUGUCAAGUAUGUAAACAAUGUUCCCUCUGAUUGGCUUGUUUGA